AUGGUAACUGGGCUUGGGGGUGGACGGACCGCGGACAUAAAACAUAGUGUAGAGGUAAGACUGAGUUCAGUGAUGACCAAUGCACCGCUGGUAAAAGCGAGUGCAUUCGUGGUUCAAAGAAUUACCGACUACAAGCCGCCGAUGACAAGCCUCCCUCUGAAUGGAAUAUUCAAGGACGUAAGACUUGCAGAUCCAGAGCCGGCGGCAAACGAGCAAAUCGAUAUACUGCUAGGAGCUGAAGUAUACGCGCAAGUAAUAAGAGAAGGAAUUCGUCGGAUCGACGAUCAUUCUCCGAUCGCGCAAAAUACCGUUUUCGGUUGGGUGCUCUCCGGACCCUGUGAAGGCGCAACUUCCCAGAAUACGGUAAGGACGUUACAUUGUAACGUUCUAGAAUCGCUGGACGAAGCGAUUCGUCGAUUUUGGGAGAUAGAAUCUGUACCGGUGAGGGUACAGAAAACAAAAGACGAAGAAGAGUGCGACGCACACUUCUCUCAAACGGUGCAGCGAACAACGGACGGUCGUUUCGUUGUUCGUCUUCCGUUUAAAAGAUCGCAUCCGGAAUCGGAGCUGGGAGAUUCGCUAAGAAGCGCUCUCUCUGCGUUAACGCGACUCCGGAAAAAACUGGAUGUCGAUCAGACCCUCGUAAAAGAAUACGAUGAUUUCCUGGCGGAGUAUGAGGCCUUGAAACAUAUGACGAGAUUGAGAUCAAUCGAAUCGUCACGGCUGUACAUUCCGCACAGGGCCGUAAUUCGUGAGGAAAGUGCAACCACGAAAUUACGAGUGGUCUUUAAUGCGACGAGUUCCACAGCGAGCGGAUGCUCGCUGAAUGAUCUCCUUCAUGUCGGGCCGAAGCUGCAACGAGACAUGACCAUUAUUUUAACGAAUUGGAGACUGUAUCAAUUCGUAAUGGUCGCGGACAUUGAGAAAAUGUUCCGUCAAAUUCUCGUGGCCCCGGAAGAUCGUCGCUUUCAAUGCAUAGUAUGGCGUGCACCAAAAACUGAGCGUCUCUCAGCUUUUGAAUUGAACACCGUAACGUAUGGUACGGUUUGUGCCCCAUAUUUAGCUAUGCGAACACUUCUCGAACUCGUACGCGAGGACGGGAAGGAGUCUCCGCUCGCGGUGUCGGUGAUCGAGAAGGACGUCUAUGUCGACGACGUUUUGUUAAGAACACCUAAUAAAAACCGAUUGGAGUGUAUUCGGAAAGAGGUGUGCCAACUGUUAUCUAAAGGAGGAUUCCCUUUGAGGAAAUGGGCAGGGAACUCAGCGGAUUUACUGAGGAACAUCCCGAAAAUAAUCUCUCGUUAUUUGAGGAUUCAGAACUAA